AUUAUCAGUGGAAAGAUGAAUCUGCUGGUAUUUGCUCCUCUGCUAGGUUUGCUUCGGAUCGGUUUUACCGUUCCUGUUUACAUAAAUCCCGAUUCGGUUGUCUUCAAAUCGACCCAUCUGCCGACCAAUGUUAUGAACCAGGAGGAUACAAAUAAAUUUCCCACCGACCCAAGGAUGCCACUGGACGUGACGGAGCAUGAUGUAACUGUGUUUCUAGAAGAUGAAGGAUUUUUAAGCAAGGAUGAGAUCGUCAAUAGGAUGGAUCAAACGACAGAUGAUAGUACAACUCUGGCGCUGAAACGACUCCAACAGCGUUAUCAUCUGUUCGAAAGUGGAACACUUGACGAUGAUACCCGUCGGCUUAUCGCGGCACCUCGCUGUGGCGUUGCUGAACUCAAUACGAUCGACGCAAAAUGGACAAAACGAUCGUUGACGUUCAAAAUCAGCAGCUUUCCCAGAAGCAUUGCCACUGCCGAAGCGAGACAACUGAUUAAGCAAGCUUUCGACGAGUGGACCAAACAUGUUCAACUGACCAUAACAGAGGUUGUCCGUGGGCCAGCCGAUAUCUACGUGAGUGAUGAACAGGAAAUUCACCGGAAUCGACUCGGACAGGAGUGUAGAUUUUCCAGCAAUACAACGUUAGCUCACGCAUUCUACCCGGAAGUGGGAGACAUCCAUUAUAACAACCAACGCACUUAUACGGCGGAUGAGUUCUUUAGCACAACCAUCCACGAGAUUGGUCAUACGCUUGGCUUGGAACAUACGACUUCACAAACAUCGAUCAUGUUUCCGAUGCACAUUCGGUAUCACACGGAGAUCCCACCGGAGGAUCGUCGUGCACUUCAAGCACUGUAUGGGGUGCGACAAACUACUGUCAGACCAACCUCUGCUUCAGGUCCCCCCAAGAACGGACCACGACUUUGUUCACUGGACAGGAUCGAUACCAUACUGAACGACGCCGAGGGUCAGACUUUAGUUCUGGCUGGAAACUACUACUAUCCUCUGAGCGUACGUAAUCCCAAGGGUCGACGAAUUCGAUCGAAAUGGCCACGGCUUCCGGCAGGAAUUGAGGCCGCGUUCACCUACCGAAACAACAAAACCUUCUUCUUCAAGCAUAACAGAGUGUGGGUGUAUGCUGACGAUCAACUGGAAGCCGGCUAUCCGAAGCCCAUUGCGGAUGAGUUUCCUGGGCUGCCGAACAAUUUGAGCACCGUGUUUCUAACGCGCAAUGGGAGUCUUUUGGCCAUCAGGAAAAAGCAGUACUGGUUCUACAGUCCCCGGAUGCGACCGCAGGUGAGCAAGGAAUUUCCACGGCUGGUGUACGACUUCAAGGAUAUGCCGACGAAUUUGGAUGCUGCGCUGCGCCACACGGAUGGGCAGUCGUACUUCUUCAAGGACCGCAGCUAUUACGUCAUGAACAUGAAGAAUUAUUCGGUGGGAUCUGCUAGCCCGAUGGAGGGUCGGUGGUUUUUGUGCUGACCUUUGGCGUGGAACUCAGAGAUGUGGUAUUCGACAUUCACACGGAAACAGGCGAUUCUGGUUUUAGAGCUUCGGAAAAAAGAA